AUGCAUGAACUCUAUGCAAAGAAGGAAAAGUGUGCACUUGCACAAGAGCAAGUUUCAUUCUUUGGCCAUAUUGUUGGACAUGGUCAAAUCCGCCCAGAUCCCAAGAAGCUACAAGAUAUUCAAGAUUGGGAGCCACUUCAUAAUGUUCAUGAGGUGAGGCAGUUCUUCAGCUUGGCCAACUACUACAAGAAAUUUUUUGGAGGCUAUUCCAGGAUUGCAAGUCCCCUCACUGACUUUCUGAAGGACAUAAGCUGGAAAUGGGGGGAAAAGCAACAAAGUGCAUUUGAUUCACUGAAAGAGAAGUUGUUUGAGGAGCCAGUCUUACCCUUGACAGAAGUGGGAGUUUGGAAUGAAUCUGAUUUCAGUAGUAACACACUUGUUGUGGGUCUUUGGAAGGCUCAGAGCCCGACCAGAAAUGGGGUGCCUACUACAAGAUGGAUUGGAGAUCCACAAGAAGGCGAUUCGCCUUCUACAACCUACACUGCCACCAUUCAGUUUAGGUGA